AUGAGUGUCCGGGCGGCGCGGGCCGCGUGGGCCCGGCCUUGGGGCUCCGGCUCCGGCUCUUCGUCGCCGCCGCCGCCCGACGUGGUGAACGUGGCGGAGCUUCUGCGCGAGGCCGAGCCGGAGCCGGGUGCCGGGCGGGGGUCUGCGCGGAGGCCGCCGGCGCGCUGCUCAGUGCUGCUGUUCCCGGGCCAGGGCAGCCAGGCGGUGGGCAUGGGCGGCGCGCUGCUCCGCUUCCCGCGCGCCCGCGAGCUCUACGCCGCCGCCCGCCGCGUGCUGGGCUUCGAUCUGCUGCAGCUGAGCCUGCACGGGCCGCAGGCCGCCCUGGACCGCACCGAGCACUGCCAGCCCGCCGUGUUCGUGGCCUCGCUGGCCGCCCUGGAGAAACUGGCGCACCUGCAGCCCGCGGUGAUUGAGAACUGUGUUGCUGCCGCGGGCUUCAGUGUGGGAGAGUACGCAGCGCUUGUGUUUGCGGGAUCCAUGGACUUUGCUGAAGGGCUGUAUGCAGUGAAGGUGCGGGCAGAGGCCAUGCAGGAGGCCUCAGAGGCCGCCCCCAGCGGGAUGCUGUCAGUCCUCGGGAAGCCGCAAACCAACUUCACCCUGGCCUGCCAGGAAGCUCUGGAGCACUGCAGGGUCCUGGGGCUCAAGGACCCGGUCUGCGAGGUGGCCAACUACCUCUUCCCCGACUGCAGGGUCAUCUCGGGACACUUGGAGGCCCUGCGCUUCCUGCAGAAAAACUCGUCACGCUUCCACCUGCGCCGCGCCAAGCUGCUGCCCGUGAGUGGGGCGUUCCACACGCGCCUCAUGCAGCCGGCGCAGGAGCCCCUGGCGCGGGCGCUGCGCUCGGUGCGGGUCAGCCAGCCCCUGGUGCCCGUCUACUCCAACGUCAGUGGCCGCCGCUACCCCGACGCGCGGCGCAUCCCCGAGCUGCUGGUGCAGCAGGUGGCGGCGCCCGUGCGGUGGGAGCAGACGAUGCAUGCGCUGUACGAGAGGAGGAAGGGCACCCCGUUCCCCAGCACCUUCGAGGUGGGCCCCGGCCGGCAGCUGGGCAGCAUCCUCAGGAACUGCAACGCGCAGGCCUGGAAGUCCUACCACCACGUGGAUGCGCUGGGCCCGGAUGGGGACGAGGACCAGGAGGAGGAGGGUCGGGAUGGGGAUUCGGGCCCGGACCCCGAAGCAGCCCCUGGGGAGACGACGCAAGAGCCCAGCAGGCCAGGCCCACCUAGGUGAGCCCACCCUAUAUGUGUGGGAUCCCGGCCCAUUUACCCUGUGCCACACCCAGCGCCUGGAGUUCUACCUACUUCACUUCAGGGCCCACCCAUCUCUGGGACUCUGCCCACCUCCCUUCAGGACACACCCACUUUGGAGCCAUGCCGAUAGUCUGGAGUUCUACCUACUUCACUUUAGGGCCAACCCAUCAACUCUGGGGCUCCACCUACCUCUGCUGGAGUCUCAUCCUUCCAGGAUAGGACCCCACUCACCUAUUCUGGAGCCUCGCCCAUCCACGGGACUCCUCCUACCCGUCAGUAGGGCCCAUCAUUCUGCCCUGGAGCCCCACCCACCGACUUUCCUUCAAUUUGGCCUUUCCUCCUCUGGCCCCCCCUUGACUCUUAGCCCCAGAGCAGUGAACUCUGAGAGCACUAAAGAUGAGUUUUCAUUGCC